AUGGCCAUAGACGAUCUCAUAACAGAUCCAGCCCUGCGACCGCUACUGCAAACCUCCCACGCAACCCUAGCGCAGACACUUUCUGUCUUGACUUGGCUGGAGGAACACGCGACGACCUCAACUCCUACACUUGAGCAGAAGCUUGAAUUGGCACAACAACACAAGAUCCUUAAUGCAUACCUGGCCAAGCUACGAGGCCAACAUCGGCAGGCAGCCUUCGGAGCGCGGGCAACCAAGCAGGAGACGGCAGAAGCAAGACAGGAAGUGGAUCGGCUGCUCUUACAGCUACAGAAUUUGUACUACGAACAGAGACACCUGCUGGGCGAGAUUGGAACCUGCGAGGCGUACGACCAUCUCUAUAUGCACCUACCACUCCAUCCUUUGGAUGAAUACAUUGCCAUGUUCCCGGAUCAGGCAGAGUUACCCGAGCAGGAGUUGAUGCCCUUAAGGAUCGAAUAUGAAAAGCAAGAGCGGGAGAAAAUGGAGCAGAAGAGACUGGAGCUGGUCAAGAUCAAGGAUGCACUGGUUAAAGAGAAUACCAGGAAGAAAGACGAGCUGAAAAAGAUGGACGAGAAACUGGAGGUGAUGAUUGAUGGGCUUAAGCCCCUCGAGGAAGCGCUACAAAAGGAGCUGUGA